GCCACUUUAAGCUGAGCUCUGCCAUUCCCAGACGCCAUUUCCUGGGAGAUGAGAGAGGGAGCGGAGGAGGCUGCAGAUAUCUCAGCUAAAAGAUGUUGAGUUUUUUCCGGCGCACCCUCGGGCGCCGGUCUAUGCGCCGCCAUGUGGAAAAGGAACGACUUCGAGAAGGCCAGAAAUCGGCAACCCACAUCCCAGCGGCUGGAGAUGCCAAAUCGGUGAUCACAUGUCGUGUGUCCCUGCUGGACGGGAGCGACGUCAGCGUGGAUCUGCCGAAAAAAGCGAAGGGUCAGGAGCUCUUCGACCAGAUCAUGUACCACCUGGACCUCAUCGAGAAGGACUACUUUGGUUUACAGUUCAUGGAUUCCGCCCAAGUGCCUCAUUGGUUGGAUACGACGAAGAGCAUCAAGAAACAAGUGGCCAUUGGUCCUCCGUACUGCCUCCACCUGAGGGUGAAAUUCUACUCCUCGGAGCCCAACAACCUGCGAGAGGAACUCACACGGUCACUUUAUUUAUCUCUAAGGUUGGAGUGUCCAUUUGACACAGCGGUGCAGCUGGCUGCGUACACCCUGCAAGUGGAAUUGGGAGACUUUGACCCCAGCGACCACACGCCGGACCUGGUGUCAGAGUUCCGCUUCGUGCCCACUCAGACGGAGGACUUUGAGCUGGCGGUGUUUGAGAAGUGGAAGGAGUUCAGAGGCCAGAUGCCGGCUGAGGCCGAAAUAAAUUACCUAAAUAAGGCGAAGUGGCUGGAGAUGUACGGGGUGGACAUGCACAUCGUGAAGGCCAGAGACGGCAAUGAUUAUCAGCUCGGACUGACCCCCACCGGGGUUCUGGUAUUUGAAGGAGAAACAAAGAUCGGAUUGUUUUUCUGGCCGAAGAUCACUCGUCUGGACUUUAGGAAGACCAAACUGACGCUGGUGGUGAUCGAGGAUGACGAUCAGGGCAAGGAGCAGGAGCACACGUUUGUAUUUAAGAUGGACCACCCGAAGGCCUGCAAGCACCUGUGGAAGUGCGCCGUGGAGCACCACGCCUUCUUCCGCCUCCGCGCACCGGUCCAGAAGAGCUCCAGCCGAUCCGGGUUCGUCAGAGCUUUAACCAUUUUCUGUUCCUUGUCUCUGCAUAGCGGGAAGACCGAAUACCAGACCACAAAGUCCAGCAAACCGCGGCGAUCGUCGUCCUUUGAGCGAAGACCCAGCAAGCGCUACUCUAGGAGAACCAUGUUGUCUAGAGGACACGGAGGAAGACCUGACUUCGCCAAUGCUGCCUUCAGAAAUGAUCCCGCCAUUCAGACCAAUGGAUCCCAGCAGGUAUGGCCGGUACGCCCCUCCCUGCCGGUAGCGACCGCCCUCCCUACAGAACCGAUGCUUGUGGAGAUUGAGAACCUGCAGAGGAGUCCCGGCGCCACCCACAGCGAGAAACGGCCGCCCGGGAGCGCAGCGGAAGGCGGGAGCCGCUGGAAGUCGGAGGCCUCUUCCUCGUCGCUGCUGGCGGACAAGAGCUACACUCACUUUGUUUCUCAGCAGAACGCCAAGAACGCCGGGCGGCCGAUCGAGCUGCGGGGCCUGCCCGCCAGAGAAACCAUGACCGACUUUGUAGGAUUGACUGACGGGCAAGAAUUGCUGGGGAGCAAACUGGAUGAAGUUUUGGCACUUGCGGUUUCUGGGAGUCCCGCGCCGGUACUGGACCUGGGAGGUCUGACCUUCUCCAACCCCGGCUUAGAGGAGAAGCCCGCGGAGCGAGUGGACAUCCCGCCAGUUAUCCGCCGCACCGCAUCACCAACACGCAGAGCACUGCAGAAAUCUCGGCACCCUGAGGAGAUACAGAGGUGGCAGCGUAUCGCAGGUCAGCGCAGCCGGGAGCUUGCUCUCCCUUGCUCCCUGUGCGUCAGGGUCUCACUUUCCCCCCACUGCCCUCUCCGCAGCUUUGUAGGAUUGACUGACGGGCAAGAAUUGCUGGGGAGCAAACUGGAUGAAGUUUUGGCACUUGCGGUUUCUGGGAGUCCCGCGCCGGUACUGGACCUGGGAGGUCUGACCUUCUCCAACCCCGGCUUAGAGGAGAAGCCCGCGGAGCGAGUGGACAUCCCGCCAGCGUCUGAAGAUGUGAAAGUGGUCGGCGUGGAAGCCAAAAACGGGGCCCCGCCUGCGCUGAGAUGUAACGUCAAUGGAGGCAAACAGGAGGACACAGUGAAGCUGGUGGAGAAAUGUCUCAAUAACCAGAUUGAAGCUCCGCCGUCCACUCCGAUCUGGCUGCCCGCAGACAUGAAGAGCAAUAUUCUGAAGGCUCAGGCCGAGGCUGAACACAAGGUCACAAGAGACGAUUUGGGGAUCACCAACAAGAAUCUGUUCAUUGAAGAUCCUUCCCCCCGAGGGGUAGCUGUGAAGCUGAAUAAUCUCGUCCAGCCACAGGAAUUCCCAGAUCUGCGAGAGACCCCGCCUCCUGCGCACUGCGUCUUCCUCACAAACUUUGGGAGCCAGGAAUUCAAAGAACCUAAACUUGAAAACACGUCAACUCCAUCCGUGGUGUCGGAAGAUGUGUCGGGUGUGAAGAGUCCCACCGAAGAUCUGGACAACCUUCUGGCGCUGCUGACGGAGAAUCUCAUCGACCUCACAGACAUGGCUCCCCCCCCCUCCCCUCCUCCGGUUCCAUCCUACUCGACCAUCACACCCCGCUGGAAUGUACCAGUAAGUGCAAUUGUAUCUAACGGACACCUCACAGGAGACUCCAACCUUCCCGCUAAAGUUCUGAAUAACACCAUCGGCCAAUUACCCGCCGCCGGGGAGUCUCCGAACAUUCCAACUCCGCCCACUGCGACCCCAAGCGCGAUGGUUACUGAGGAACCGCCCAGACCGCGAUGUCUACUCACCACGGAGCUGUAAAUGACGGGGGGGGGAGGGGACCCCAUCUCGUACUGUGAUAUGGAGUGCUACAAUG